AUGCUUCGCAAUGCCAGCCAGCUUUUUGCCUUUGUCGAUGCGCCGCAGCUUCUCUGGCUCAGAUUUCUAUGCUUGUCUUUCAAGCGUUCGUUGUUUGCCACGUCUUCGGCUGGCGGUGCUCUGCCUUCCGUGAGUCAACCGAGUUGGAUGAAGACUUCACCCGAGAAGUUUGAUGCAAUCUCGCUGAGCUUUGCUGACCCUGACUUCAGCAUCCUUGACUCUCGCGAGUUCUUUCUAUCGGAACUGCCAGCUUGCCAAGAAGCCCUCUCUGGCAUUGAGCUACGCAAGGUGCCGAACUCCACCGCGGCUAAGCAGUUGCAGUUAAGCCAGAGAGUCAGAGUGAAACAGAUCAAGGAUGCUAUCAGCGCGGCCAAGAACCACGAUGCAUCUUUCGUGCGGGAUCAGUACAUGAGCUUGGUUGCUAAAAGCGGUUUGCGGGAAGCACCAGCUGUCGAACUGCAUAUGUUUCCGGAAAGCGCACUGGACCCGUACUCGAAUUGGUCCGUCCUAGUCGUUCCCAGAGCCCGCGAGAUAUUUGGCAAGACACUCUUUCUGUGUAAUGCCUUUGCCGCCAACCGCUGUGUCGCCAAGCUUCCCUUCGAGCCAUUGCCAUUUCAUUUUUCACAUGCAUUGCGUAGCUGGGAUCCUUUACUAGAUACUUCGAGGUCUGUGUCUCAGAUUGAACUGAUAGCCCCCGAGUUGUUCUUGCUCUUGGGUCUGGGAGUCUUGUGCUGCACAGUUGGUUGGACAGUUCUCAGACUUGCGCAGUCACUUUGCAAAAUCGCGAACUCACCUGCCGUGCAGACCAUUGACAAGCUAUUGGAGCUGCCCCUCCCACAAACGUACCAGGUCAUCAGGACUACCGUGGUAUAUGCAGAAGCGGAGAGCCAGGAAGUCUCACUUGUUGGGCCCUUGGACCCCUACGAUGGGCAUCGUGAGGUUGCAGUUGCCGAGAUGAAGAGGUCCUCGUGGUAUGUUCACGCCUCCGCCUUUCGGCGUUUGCUGGGUAGCCUGAGAUAUUGCUUGCGGUCACACCAGCCAGAGGCCGUUAUGGGGCGCUUGCAGACUCCACCUGGCUGGAUCAUACUCUACGACGAAACAAGCAGCACAGCUGGAGUUCGUGGUGCUUGCAUCACGGAACCUGCCGCCUUCAAAGCACAUACGGAUUUUCUCGUGUCUCCAGGCUCUGUGCUGCGUCGCCAGCUGAUUCUUGCGGCGAGCCAUGCUUCAGCACAAUGGAAGCUUCUUUCCGACUUGGCUAGACAUUUGCCCGUGUCUAGCGUUGUAAUAGCGGCACAAGGCUGCUUCUUCAUGCAUGUGCUCGUUCUUCAGCAAAUUGAAAGAAAUGUGUACUGGGGAGUGAAUCAUGACGAACUCCUUGAGGCGCAGCAGAAACGACUAAGUCCGACUCCGAGCUAUGCCUCCUACGCCUUUGCAGCGAGUGCUGCGAUCCAAGCUGUCGUGAUUUUCAUGACGUUCGGCGGCCAGUUCUUGGAUCUCAUAUCUGGUUGCUCAGCGCUGUUGGUUGCGGUGGGUGUGCAUGUGUGGGACUUGUAUGUAUCGGUCACGGGACUCGAGAAAUGGGCGCAGCCACAGCGCACUUGCGAGUGGGUCACUGGGAGCUCUACUUUGCCCAGCACACUUGACAAAUUAGAUGCUGUGGGCAGCAAGAGAGAGUGCCACUUCCUUGUUGCAAGCAUGUUGUCUUGGACAGCGGCCACCACUGCCUGGACUGUUUUGGCCUGCAUGACCCUGGAUGGUAUGCGGAUGCAUGGCACUCUUGUUGACUACUCUUUCAGCCAGGGCUACCUUCUCUACGAAGCAGAAGCGACCACCCUGCAGAACACUCUGUUGUUGCACAGUAGCUCGGAUUCCAUUACAUUUGCAUUUCAGAUUGGCGAGCAUACGGCGAGUCUGAGCUUGGAGUAUCAGCACCCGCAGUUGGAAGGCCAACAGGAGGUCCUCCUGUAUUCCAAAGUGGAGGCAGGUGCUGCAAUGAUGACUUCCUCGGUCACAGCAGGGGAGUACGCGGUGUUUCUACCACAAGGCCCUUUUUACAGUCGCAUGACUCUUCGUGCAGCGAGCAAGCUGCGAAUCAAAGACACAGUGUAUGUGAUUCAUGUUAUACGAGUUGGGGAGACGAUCAGCCUCUCUCUAAACGGCACUGCUGAUGUCGACGAGCCUGCAGAUCCCAACCUCACCGCGCCGUUUCAUGAGAGGCGUGGCUGGAGCUACCAGAAGAAGCACUUCGAUUGGCAUGUGCCGAAGCUACGCGGGGAUCUGACUUUGGGUGUGGAGCUCCGGCCUAUCUGUUUUGCGCCCCUUGUCGGCGUUGGCCCAGGGAGGGUGUCAAAGUAUGACUUGGCAACCCUGGCUCCCUCUUGCGACUGCGGCACGGAGAAGCCGGGCGUCGGCAACGACUGCCUUCAUCAGGAGAUCCUUGCACUGCCAGGAUCGGAUGUGUGCGUCUUCCUGCGCCGUGAGCACAGUGCACGAGGACGGUUGAGGCCGGACGAAAGCCAGGGCAGUCUGUCUGGCAGGGGCUCGGACCUUGUACAAUGGCUGCGAGAUGUGAGCAUCAGCGGCAAGUCCGUGGUUCUAAUUUCUUUUCAUACUGGUGACUCCGGCUCAAAAUCUUGGAGGCCGUUUCGAGCAGAAAACUCGACCGAUGAGUACGAGAUUUCGAAUUUGUUCCUGCUCUCAAUGCCGGCGAGGUUGUUGUUGAUGAUGGACACACAGCUCGUAGUGGCUGCAACACAGGACCCUACAGAUGCCGAGGAGUCUGUCCUUCCACUGCGAAUUGUGCCGCACCAUCCUCCAAUAUAUCUGAGUAUUCCAGCCGGGGACAGUGAUGGCUUCAUGCUUCCGGAGUUCAGUGUGUACAACAUGCGAACCGAAUACACAGCCUGCUUGUUGAGCAGUGACCAAGUACAGGGCAAUGUCUUGGAUGCUCGCUUUGAGGUGCACGAAGAGCUAGUUUACUUGGGCAAGGACUGCCUAAAAAGUGAGGUCCAGCGCAAACGGUUUUGGGCAGUUCGCAAGAAAACGCCUGGUUGCAACGAAUGUGCCAGCUACGUGUAUCCUCCCUGGGGUGACAAAAGCGACAUUACAGUGACGAGUUCUAUCGUGACAUGCAUGACAGCGGCAGUGGGCUUGGAUGACAACGAUACUUUGAUUCGCAGUGUAGAGAGUCUACCAACCAAGGCAAUCAUGCGUGACAGGAACGACUGCAACAUCUUGCAAUUCGCAAUACGAUUGAAUCGCCAAAGGAUGUUGGACGAGCUGCUCAAGUAUUGGAACCCAGCUUCAACAACCGCCGAGGAGACUCCACUAGGUGUUGCAGCUUCCGAGGGGAAUACAAGGAUGCUGGAGUCACUCAUCGCACACCGUGCUGAUGUCAAUGCGUUGGAUCGCCGUGGCAGAAACGCAUUGUUCCAUGCUAGCCACAACUGCCAUGUUCGUGCGGUGGAUUUACUUGCAAGGAUGAAAGCUAAUGUGAGCGAAAUGAUUGCUCCAAGCGAUGGGAGCCAGUGCCGCGUGACGCCAUUGUUGUCACUAUUCACUCAACCUCGAGGGCAAGGCUGUCGACGAGCUGAGAUGCUGAAUGAUCUGAUUAAAACCCUUGUGCAGAAUCACAGCGCGCGUCUGUCUGUCGAGGAUACACGUUGCUCGAAGGCAAACCGGAAGGCCGGUCUUUGUUGUCUGCAGCAGACAGCGCUGGUAGAGGCCAGGCAUUGUCAACACCUUGGACAUUCUGAGAUCGUGGAGCAUAUGCUGCGGGAACUGCAAGGGUGGAUCGCUUAG